CUUAGCAACAGUGAAGUCCUAUUAAUCUGUUUCUGAUGUCCUGCCUCCCUCCCAAUUGCAAUUCGCAAUACCAGCACAACAGCAUCACCUCCCGCUCCCGGCUACCACCACGGCAGAGACCAUGUCCAAGCUCGAGGUGGACGAUGAGGACGGCGGCGGCAGAAAUGGCCAAGGACCCGUCUUCACCGCGGCGGCGGCCAAGCGCCUCCACAAGUCGCCAGCCCCGGAGCCCACCUCCGUGCUCUACAACCGCAGCCCCAGCCCGCCCACCUCCUCCUCCAUCGGCGGCGCCUCCGCCUCCUCCGCGCCCGAGCUGCCACCCAUCAGCGCCGAGGACUGGGAGGCCGUCCUCUCCGGUGACAUGACCGUGCCACCAGCCGCGCGGUCUCAGGACGGCUCCUUGCUCCGCUGGAUCAUGGACGCCGACGACGAAGGCGACGCAUUCGGACUCAAAGGCCCCGCCUUUGACCCCUUCCUGCCUCCGCCACCGUGCCAAGUAGAAGAACCCGUCCUCGAGGCGUUCUUGCUGCCGCAGCUUCCGGCGCAGCCGCUCCCCGCUGCCAAGGAUCUCGUGCCUCAGGCGGCGGUGGACGAGCUCCUCGAGGCGGCACGCCACGCUGACGCCGGGGACUCCACUGGCGCGCGCGGGAUAUUGACGCGGCUCAAUCACCGGCUUCCCUCGCUGCCGCCGCCGGGGCACCCUCCGCUUCUCCGCGCCGCUGCUCACCUCCGGGACGCGCUCCUGCGCCUCCUCCUCACGCCCGCCGCCCUCCCGCCCGGCUCCGUCUCAUCGCCGCUCGACGUCGCGCUGAAGCUCGCGGCGCACAAGGCCCUGGCGGACGCGUCCCCGACCGUCCUGUUCGCCAACUUCACGUCCACGCAGGCGCUCCUUGACGCGCUCGGGGGCGCGCGUCACGUCCACGUGGUCGACUUCGACGUCGGCUUUGGCGGCCACUGGCCGCCGCUCAUGCAGGAGCUCGCGCACCAGUGGCGCCGAGCCUCCGCGCCGCUUCCUCCGACGACCAUGAAGGUGACGGCGUUGGUCUCGCCGGGGUCAACGUACCCCCUCGAGCUCCACCUCACCCACGAGAGCUUGACCCGCUUCGCCGCCGAGCUCGGCAUAGCGUUCGAGUUCAACGCCGUCGUGUUCGACCCCUUCGACCCGUCCCCGCCCAUGGGAUUGUCCGCUGCGCCCGGCGAGGCCGUUGCCGUUCACCUCCCGAUCGGCUCCGGAACCUUCUCGCCGGCGCCGGCGACGCUCCGUGUCGUGAAGCAGCUCCGUCCCGCCAUCGUCCUUUGCGUCGACCACGGAUGCCACCGCGGCGACCUGCCGCUCUCGCAUCACGCCCUCAACGUCGUGCGCUCUAGCGUAGCGUUCCUUGAGUCUCUGGACGCAGGCGGCGCGUCACCGGACGCGAUGGCAAAGAUCGAGCAGUUCGUCCUGCGUCCCAGGGUCGAGCGCCUGUUGCUCGGCGACAAGCUGCCUCCAUGGCGGCCCAUGUUUGCGUCCGCCGGGUUCGCGAUGGUGCAGCUCAGCAAUGCGGCGGAGGCACAGGCCGAAUGCCUCCUCAGGCGCACGCCCACUCCGGGCUUCCACGUCGAGAAGCGCCAGGCGGCGCUUGUACUGCAGUGGCAACGGUCGGAGCUUGUGACGGUGUCGGCGUGGCGUUGCUGAAGGUGAUUCCGGCAUUGGUACAGUUGUAGUAGAUUCAUCUUGCCAAAGAUUGUGUAUUUUCAUGUAGUAAUAGUUUCCUAGUUGUCUUGCCAAAGAGGACUGGCCAAUUGGGUGAAUGGAAUUAUUGCCUGGGGUCGGGUGAAUUCUUGUUCCGAUGUUCCUCCAAAAAAAUUGCUCCAAGGCAAGGCUGUAAAAUUAGUAAUGUGGUAGGAACAAUGGAAAAAUGGGAAUGCUGAACAAUAUUAAGCCCCAAGAUUACGAGUUCAUUGUUCAUAUUUGAAAUUCUGUGUGCGUAUGCAAGCGUGUAUAUAUAUUUGAGACCAGAAAUAAUGUUUUUUUUUCCUUCCCUUUUUGUUCUUCUAGGCCAU